CCGCCCGCUCCAGCCCCGGCCCCGCUCCCGCCCCGGGCCCGGCGGCGGCGACCUUGGGCUCCCGACACCCGCAGGGAGCGGCCGGGAGGGAUCCCGCGUCCCCCGGGAUCCCGCACGGACACAAAGGCCGCUCCCGGGGAACCGGCAUGGACCGGCGGGAUUUGGGAUGGGGGUCACGGGGUGCCCUGAGCUCUGCGAGCAUCAGCUCAGGGGUCGAACGUGGCGCUAAGUGGUGUUUUCAUGCCAGGAUCCUUCAGUCUGAUUUGAAUGAAGUACCCUAAAGUAAGGCUCCUCUCCAGCGUUCCCAUCCACAGGCCUGGACAAGAUGCCAAAGCAGGAAAAUGGCCAAAAAGGAGACUCUGUCAUCCAGAAUGACCUCAGUGAGUCAUUUGAAGAAGAAGUUAGAGCCUUCCUCAGUGAUGAAGAGAAACUGCACCUUUUUGAUGACCUCACCAAAGUUAAUCCAGUGACAACCACGACAGUUCUGAGAUGUCUUCAAGCAAGAUACAGAGUCAACUUGUUUUACACCAAUGCUGGCUGCAGCCUCGUGGCUUUAAAUCCAUUCCAGCCUUUCUCCUGCCUCUAUUCCCCUGAGCUUAUGAGAGAGUACCAUGUUGCACUUCGUCCUCAGGAUUUAAAACCUCACAUCUUUGCAGUGGCUGAGCAAACCUACAGAAACGUCCAAAACCAGAUGGACCCUGUGAACCAGUCUAUCAUUGUGAGUGGGGAAAGUGGUGCUGGGAAGACCUGGACCUCUCGCUGCCUUAUGAAGUUCUAUGCCUCUGUUGCUGCUUCAGUUAUCUCCCCAAAAGGCAAUGAAACUGUGGAAAGGAUAGAGAGGAGAGUGUUGGACUCCAACCCUGUCAUGGAAGCAUUUGGCAACGCGUGUACCCUGCGGAAUAACAACAGCAGCCGCUUUGGGAAGUACAUCCAGCUCCAGCUAGACAGAUUCCACCAUCUGAGUAGUGCUUCCAUUCAGACUUUCCUUUUGGAGAAGACCAGAGUUGCCUAUCAGGCCCCCAAUGAAAGAAACUUUCACAUUUUUUAUCAGAUCACAAAAGGUGCUACUGCAGAGGAGAGGCUGGAGUGGAACCUUCCAGAAGGGGCUGAGUACCGCUGGCUGCCAAAUCCUGAAAGAAACUUGGAUGAGGACAGCUUCGAGGUGACCAGAGCUGCCAUGUGUCACCUGGGCAUCGAGCGCUCCACGCAGAGCAAUGUUUUCAAGGUAUUGUCAGGCCUUCUCCACCUUGGGAACAUCCAAUUCUCUAAUCCAGUGGAUGAAUCUCAGCCUUGUGACCUGGAAGACAAAACCAAAGGCUUUGUGAAGACCACUGGAGAUCUGCUGAAGAUCCCUGUGGAGGAACUACUGGAAUCCUUAACAAUUCGGACAAUAACUGCUGGGAAACAGCAGCAGGUGUUCAAGAAGCCCUGCUCCAGAGCUGAGUGUGAGACCAGGAGGGACUGCCUGGCCAAAGUCAUCUACGCCAGGUUGUUUGAGUGGCUCGUUCUGGUCAUCAAUGAGAGCAUCUAUGCAGAUCCAUCGGUGUGGACCAGCUUCAUAGGCCUGUUGGAUGUUUAUGGUUUUGAAGCCUUCCCUGAAAACAACCUGGAACAGCUCUGUAUUAACUAUGCCAAUGAGAAAUUGCAGCAGCACUUUGUAGCACACUACCUGAAGGCACAGCAGGAAGAAUAUGCAGCUGAAGGCCUGCAGUGGUCAUUCAUAAACUACCAGGAUAACCAGAACUGCCUUGAUCUCUUAGAGGGAAACCCUCUCAGCAUUUUUUCCUUGCUGAACGAGGAGUGUCGCCUGAACAGACCCUCCAACCCCGCCCUGUUCCAGACCCGGAUUGAGAAAGCCUUGUCUAGCAACCAGUGUUUAGGUCGAGACAGGUUUAGUAAGAAGCCCAACUUCAUCAUCUCACAUUAUGCUGGCAAAGUCUGCUACCAGCUGGCAGCAAUGGUGGAGAAAAAUAAGGAUGCUGUUCCACCAGAGCUGGUCCAUGUUUUGCAGAACUCUAAAGACUCUCUGCUUCAAAAAUUAUUUCCUGUGACAGAAAACAACCAGAAUAACAUCAAAACCCAGAACAGAGCACCUGUUGUUACAGUGGUGUCCAAGUUCAAGAGCUCCCUGGAACAUCUCAUGCAGAUUUUGAACAGGACCACCCCACACUACAUCCGCUGCAUCAAACCCAAUGCUGACUGCAAGGCCAGGACUUUUAAAAGAGAAGAGGUUCUCAGCCAGCUGCAGGCAUGUGGAAUAGUCGAAGCCAUCACCAUCAGUGCAGCAGGAUUCCCUGUCAGGAUCCCCUUCCAACGUUUCACUGAGCGCUACGAAAUGCUGAGAAAGUCCUGUGGGCCCAGUAAAAGAAGAGUGUGUGAUAAAAGCAACUCUCACACUGCUGAGGAAAAAGGCGAGACUCCAGUGAUGGAUGAAGACAAAGCAUCACGUUCUGCUGCUCUUGAGAUCCUGCAGAACGUUGUUACGGGACAAACCACUGCUGAGCAAACAGGGAGUGGAGCAGGAACUCCCUCAGUGUACUGUGGGAAGACCAAAGUAUUCCUGGCCAGUUCUGUGCUGGAGCUACUGGAAGCCAGGAGAGCAGAGGUGUUAAAUGAGAAAGCAUUUUGCAUUCAGUGUUGCUGGAGGAGGUUUAAGCAGAAGAAGUUUGCCAAGGAAAAACGGUCUGCAACUGUCAUCCAAGCAGCUGUCCGUUCCUGGCUGGCCAGGAGCCGGUUCCGAAGGACGCGCGGGGCUGCCAAAGUCAUCCAACGUGGCUGGAGGAGAUGGAAGGCAAAAAUGGCCGCGUUGGCAGCGGCAGAACUGGAUGAGGGGGAAGGGGAGGAGUUCCCAGCUCCUGGAGCCACGGUGAUCCCGGCCAGACUGCCUUGUUCCUUGGACUGGCCUGGGCAGGCCAUUGUCCAGUUCUGGCCCCUGGGCCUUGUCCUGGCUGCUGCCCCCGUCACGGCCACGGGGCCCCGCCGGGACCUGGCGCUGCUGGGCUGGCUCAGGGGGCUCCAGGAGAGCGGCUGCUCCAGGCUGGAGAGCCCUUCCCUGGGCUGUGGCAUCGCUUCCAUCAGGGCUCUCCCACAGGGCUCUGUCAGGUUCCACUGCAGGAAGUCCCCCCUGCACUAUUCCAACGUCAGCCCCCACAGGGAUGCCUGUUCCAUCACGGGAUUCAACCAGAUCCUGCUGGACAGAAAGGAACUCCUGCCCACAUAGGCCUGGCCCCUGCACACCUCUGCCUUCAGGGGAGGGCUCUCUGCAAGCUGCUGCUUUCAAAUCACUCAACGGCCACAUCUGCUGCUACCUCAGAGCUUCCACCUCGAUGCCUUGUAUGUAAAACACAAUGUAAUGUAAUAUAGGUCAAAUUUGGGGGGUUUGGGGGCCAUUCCUCCACACAGGCACAUGUUACAGGACAUAUCAGCACUAUGAGAACAAUCAACUAAACCAGAUCAGGUGUUCUAAGCAAUAAAUACUUGAACUGAAGGCUGCUGGCACUACCUGGAAAAGCAAGAGGCUGGUCAUGAGAGAGCAAAUAAUGCAAAUAUUCCUGAUUCCUGCUGGGUUCUCAGAGGUACAACCCUCCUGACUGACCCCCAGUGUUCCCCAACACUGGUACACUUCUGACUGACCGAGGGAGGGAGGAGCAGCCAACAUAACACUGAGAGCAGAUGUCUCAGGGAAAAGCAAGACUGGGCUCUUACUUUUUUCUCUCUAUGACCAAAAUAUAUGAGCUCCCACAGCUGCCAGGCGUUUCCAGAGCUCCCCAAACAGCACUGCCCUGCCCAUGGUCUCAUCAGAGGUGCUCUGUACCGUCCUUUUCUUGCUCAUGGGUCUCGAAAAUGUUCAGCUUCUCUGUGUAUGUCAUUUUAAAUAAACUGCUCAGCGCCUUGUCAAGGUGUCUGACCGUCCCAAACAACGAACAAAAACAUUUCAGAGUAUUUGUCGAUUAAAAUAAAUGCAAAUAUAUUUAA